AUGGUUAACGACUUGAAAAAUAGAAAUCUGAAUCAAUAAGUAAUUAUUUGAUAAUACGGUUAGUUGGUUGACGAAAGAAUAAACCAGAAAAGAAAGAAUUUAGGUAUAAAUAACCCCAAGUUUAAUAGAAUAUUCUAUUGAAUAAUAAGAAAAAAGAGAAAAUAAAUUUACAAAAUAGAAUGGAAUCUAGAUUAUCAUUAGUUUGAAGUUAAAAGAAAAAUAGAGUCAUUAAUAAUAGUGA